UUCCUCCUUGCGACCUGUAGACGCACACAUUUCUACUUGUUCACUUACUCCAAUAUGAGUCUGAAGACAGGCUUUGUGGUCCUCCUUCUCUGCGUGCCAGGGCUGCUCAGUGCUGAGUGGGGGGGGACCUACACUGAGAAGGAGAUCUGUGCAAUUAAAGGAUCCACUGUGAAGCUUCAGUGCUCCUUUAAGUUCCCGCCCACAGAAGACGGGCAUGUGAUCAAGGUCAAGGAAAAAUUUUGGUUCACCAAAGAUCCAAAUGAAGAUCUGAGAUUAGACCCUCAGUACUUUGGUGGUGUGCAGUCUGAGUGUCAUGGCAACCUCUGCAGUCUGACCAUCGCAGACGUGAGACGGAGUGACAAGUACACGUUCAGAUUCUCAACUAACCAUUCCAGAGGAGACUUCAUCGUCACGCCUGGUGUCAAAGUGAACGUCACUGAUCUGAAAGUACCCGCAAGUGCCAGUUAUAAUGGGAAAAGUCAUUGGUAUGAUCUGAAGUGUGUCAGCACCACUUGUAGUCCUUGGUCUCCUUCUUCAUACGUCUGGUAUGAGAAUGGAGAGGAAAUCCAUCAUGCAAAGUCUCAAGAGUACAAAGCAGAGUAUGACUCCACAGACAGUUACUCCUGUGCUGUAAGAGGACACGAGCAAGAUGUGUCUCCUCCAGUGUGUGUGUACAGGUCAUGUAACAAGGUGGUUUACUACCAGAGACACAUCUGUGCCAUCCAAGGAUCAUCAGUGGACUUUAGCUGUGAAUACACGAGCUAUGAAAGUAUCCAGAAAAAAUUGUGGUACCGUGCAGAUUCUAGUCACUGGGGAAAUCUCUCCAUGACUGAAGAUCUCCUGUCAGACUCUCAGUAUGAAGGUCGUUUUGAAUUACCUUCAGUGCCUUCUGGAAAAAGCAGACUGAGAAUAAAAGAUGUGAGGCAGAGUGAUUCUGCUGAGUACCACUUCAAAUUCACCACUGAUGAUGGUGUUGAAUGGAGGAGUAUUUUACCUGGAAGCACCUUGACAGUAGCAGCUGUGCAGGUGCAGGUGAUGUCAGUCAGAGUUGAAGAUUCUCACCUUGUUGCACAAAUGUUGUGUCACACAAGCUGCCUUCUAGAAGCUCCUUUGUCUUUUGUGUGGCAUCACAAUGGAGUGAAUAUAACGAAUGGAACCAAAGUAGAAGUCACCUUGUCACCUGGAGACUACAUCACCUGUGCUGCACAACAACAUCAACAUAUCAGCAUCUCUCCUCACCUGUAUGUUCUGAAAAGACCCUCAGUGUCUCUAAAUGAUACUGGUGACAUAUUGGAGGGUCGUCCACUGACACUGACCUGCUACAUCGACAACUACGACUACUCCUCAGCAACAGUUGAUUACUGCUGGUACAAGAAGAAGAAUGUGUCUUCAAAAGUUAAAGUCCUCAGUAAAGAUCGACAGCUGGUCUUCAAGUCCAUCAAGUCUUCAGACUCAGCAGAGUAUUGGUGUACUGUGGAGAACCAGCUGGGGAAGAACACAUCAGAACCCGUCUUCAUUGAUGUCCAAUAUCCUCCCAGGCCGUCCUCUUUGUCUGUCCAGAAGGGACAGUUCGGGACUCUGACCUGCAGCAGCGAUGCUAACCUGGACGCCAGCUACACCUGGUACAAGGAGAACAUGUCGUCUCCUCUGGCAUCAGGUCAGACGCUGACCAUCAAAGACAUCAGUCCAGGUCAGACGCUGACCAUCAAAGACAUCAGUCCAGGUCAGACCCUGACCAUCAGGAACAUCACAGAGCAGGGUGGCCAUGAUUACUACUGUGAGGCCAACAACAGCAGGGGGCGCCACAUCAUUGGUGUGCACGUGAGCGUGAAUGGAAUGUCCUGUAGAACGAUAAACAUCAUCAGGCUGUUCUGUUCUGCUGUUGUGUUCGUGGGCAUCCUGAUCAUCCUGACUCUGCACUUCAGGACGGCGACGUCUCCCUCGUCCACCGCGGAUCCAAAUGAGCUCGUCCAGCCUCCAGAGCAGCUGGACCAUGGCGACUAUGAGAACAUUCAUGCCGCAGUGCUGCGACACCAACGCCAGAAAAAGGACGUGCUGUGACCGAUAUCUUGAGCAUGAACAACAAAGAUGUUUUAAAGCAUUUAUUUUUUACUUCUUAAAUAUAAAACCCAAAAACAGUGAAGAUGUCACGUUGUGUAAAUGGUAAAUAAAAACAGAAUACAAUGA